GCGCGUUCACAAGGUACCGUUACUGGAGAAGAUUUUCGGUUUUAUUUUUGAUGUGAUUCUCGCCUCACAGACUACGACGCUUCCUUUGACUAUCGUUAUAUACAACGAGAAGCUACAGGAACAAUUUCGACGGUUAUUAGGAGAAUUACAUCCUGCAAUGAAAUUUUCUUCACGGCACACUGGCGGCCAUCUAACUGAUCUAGAAGGCAAGAACAUGAAAAUCGAAAGUCAUGAGGAGACAAGGACGUACUUCGAUCAGUUGAGAGCAGCGUGGUACUG